GGGCGCUGCCAUUCGUGGCCUCGGCUGUCAAACACGGGUUCCCUGCCAGCACCCGGCGAUCUUUGAAUAUUACCAACGGGGGGAGACCUGUAUGUAAGCAACAUAGAUCUCUCCCGUCAGCUCCCGCACACUGCUUUGUACGGCUGUGCAUAGCAGCACCAGUGAAAGACACACACAGCCCACAUAGUAAAACAGCACACAGUUAACCCCUUGAUCGCCCCACAUGUUAACCCCUUCCUGCCCAGUGCCAUUAGUACAGUGCCAGUGCUUUUUAUUAGCACUGAUCACUGUAUUGGUGUCACUGGGGAUGUCAGUGACACCAAGUCAGUUCCCCCCAGUGUCAGAAUGUCCGCCGCAGUCCUGCUGCUAUAAGUCCGUG